AUGGGGGAUCUCAUAACCCUAUCGAGGAAAGAGCUCGUGGAAUGUGACAAUGCCUACAACCAAGGUUGCAAUGUCGAUCUCAUGGACUAUGACUUCCAAUUCAUCAUCGACAACGAUGACUUCGACUCCGACAUCGAUUACCCUUACAGGGCCCGCGAUGGGGUGUGCGAUCAACACCGAAGCAAAGGGAAUCCUCUAGGAAUAAAAGAUCUUCACUGCACCCAGGAAAGGCCUCAUCAACAUACAGCAAGAGCAAGGAGAUCUUUCUCAUUCUUUGCUGCUUUGGGUGAUCAAGUUGCCAUUGCUAGGUUUCCAAAGAAUGCUAUGAAUUUGGAUUCCAAAUCUCUUUUCAUGUGCUUCAAAAGUUUAUGA